AUGCAAAUUAUGUUCUUUCUUUUUUGGCAGAAGAUGAAUGCUGAUACAAAGAUCACCAUAGGAUUGAAAGACUUUGACUUCUACACUUAUUACAAUGACAGCUACAGUGAGAAUUAUGAGUCCUGCUGUGGAGAACUUACACUAUGUGAUCAGAAGUCUACCAUGUACUUUGAUUCCAUUUUUAUUCCGGUCCUUUACUCUCUGGCGCUGGUAGUCGGGCUGGUGGGAAAUGGACUGGUUUUGGUCAUACUGUGGAAGAAAAGGCGGAUCAUGAAUGCUACCGACAUCUUUAUCCUCCAUCUUUGCUUAGCUGACAUUCUGCUGCUGCUUACGCUGCCUUUCUGGGCUGUAGAGGCAGUGAAGGGGUGGAUCUUCGGCAUAGCGCUCUGCAAGCUGACUGGAGCUCUGUUCAAGAUCAAUUUCUACUGUGGCAUUUUCAUGCUGUCCUGCGUCAGUCUUGACCGCUACCUGUCCAUCGUUCACGCAGUGCAGAUGUAUUCUCGUAAAAGGCCAAUGGUGACUCACUGUUGCUGCCUGAUGGUCUGGCUCUUCUGCCUUCUGCUCUCCAUUCCUGAUUGGAAAUUCCUUGUGGCCACUGAGGACUCCAGACGUCAGGAUAGAACACAAUGUGUUCCAGAAUAUCCAUCUCAUUCUUGGCUUCUGGUCACUCGUCUGCUCUACCAUAUUUUGGGUUUCAUUCUUCCAGCACUAAUAAUGCUGUUCUGUUACUCUUGCAUACUGCUGCGGCUGCGGCGUGGCUCCCAGUGCAUGCAGAAGAAGAGGGCCAUCCGUGUCAUCGUAGCCCUGGUACUGGCCUUCUUCAUCAGCUGGACGCCCUACAACAUCACCCUUAUUGUUGACACCAUACAAAUCAACGAGACCAUCAGUUCCAGUUACCAAACUUCCUGUGAAAGUGCCACAGCAUUAGAUUUAGCUCUCACAGUUACAUCCACAUUGGCCUACUUACACGUCUGUGUCAACCCAGUGCUUUUUGUGGGCCUGGUGUCACAGAAGAGCUUUCUGUGGUCAUAG